AUGGAGAAAGAUGAAGGGAAAUGCAGACCCUUGGGGGUAACAAAUCUUGAAGGAGCAGAAAUUGGUGUUGAUAUUAGUCUGGGUAAACCAUUUGUUUUUAAAUGCAUACCUCAAAGUGGAAACAGGAUCUUCUACUUCUGUGCAACUUCCAGCCAAGAAAUGAAAAGGUGGUUAGAGGCUAUGGAUAAAGCAGUGCAUCCCAUCCAUCAGAACCAUGUGUGGGUAGAUGUCACGCUGCAUAACACUACACUUCCACCCCUGGCUAUCAAAAACCCAGAAUGCCUGGGGCUUCUGCACCUGCUGGACAGAAGCAAAGAUGUCUGGAUUCAGCACUACUGCAUUCUGAAGGAUGGCUGUUUGUACUUUUAUGCCACUCUCAGGUCUACACCUGCUCAAGGUGGCCUUUACCUGCAGGGAUACACUGUGAGUGAGCAAAGUCUGGGCACCAAGAGAUCUGUUAUUGAACUCAAGCCUCCAUCUGAAGAAUUUAAAACAUUCUACUUAUGUGCAGAGAAUGUAAAUGAAAAUAAAAGAUGGAUUACAGCUUUGCAAGCUUCGAUUAAUAAAUGGUUACCCCUACAUCAGGCAAUCCAAGAUUUCAUGAACAGACCACUGGAAGAGACAAGGAUGUGAUAAGAAAGU